AUGACAUCAAUAACGAACCCAUGUGAUAAGAAGUUUGCUUGGGUUGUAAAGAAUUUUUCCUCUUUGCAACUACAAGAUUGUUAUGUUUCUGUUCCAGUUCUGAUCCGUGACGUCAAAUGGCGUCUAUUUGUCUAUCCUGAGGAAAAUAAUGGUGAUCACUUGUCUCUGUAUCUGCAAGUUGAUUUCGAAUCAAUGCCUUGUGGUUGGAGAAAAUACACACAAUUUCGCUUAACUGUAGUUAAUCAACUUUCCGAGCAAUAUUCCGUUAAGAGAGAAGGGCCAAAGUGGUUUGAUAAGAAAGCUCCGGAAUGGGGUUGGGGAGAUAUGAUUCCUCUAACAAAACUUAAUGAUAUAAAUAGUGGUUUCUUGGUGAACGGAGAGGUCAUGAUUGUUGCUGAAGUAGAAACUUUUGAAGCUAUUCGCACAUCACAAGUUGAAAAGAUUAGUGAUGAUAGUGAAUGGACAGUUCUUGAUUAUUAUUCAUCAUCUGAAGAGGACAAGGAUGAUGAUGUAACUGUUGUAGUCAAGGGCUUUCAUGUUCUUGAAUCACAAGUUAAUCAAGUGAAGGAAAUCUUUGAGAAACAUCCAGAUCUGGCAUCGAAUUUUAAAGUCAAGAAUCAAAAUCUCAAGAAUGUCUACAUGGGUGUUCUUCUUGACUUAAUCAAGACAUUGAGAAAAUCGCCUAAGGAACUCACUGAGGAAGACUUGAACUUGGCAGUCAGUAGACUUUCUGAUCUGACAAAAGCAGGCUUCAUGUUGGAUUGGUUGAAUCAGAAGUUGGUUAAGGCUUUGGAGAAACAAAGAGUUUUGGUUCAAACUCUUCGUUCGGAAAUUCUGAACUAA